CCGACCGAAGCCAUCUUUUUUCAGCUUAAAGCUUAAGCUCAGCUCCACUCCACGACCCUCCUCCUCAGAUCUCGCCGGCGGCAGCGGCAGCGGCGGCGGCGGCAUGCUCCCGCACCCCCCCUCGUCCGCCUGCCGCGGCAGCGGCCUCCUCCUCGCCCUCGCCGCCCUCCUCCUCCUCCUCACGCCCGCCUCCGCCUCCGAGUCAGACCACAAGUAUAAAGUUGAAGAACCAGUUAAGCUCUGGGUGAAUAAAGUCGGCCCUUACAAUAACCCACAAGAAACUUACAACUAUUACAGCCUUCCAUUUUGUCAACCAUCUGAGAACCCUGCGCAUAAAUGGGGUGGUCUUGGUGAGGUCCUGGGUGGAAAUGAGCUGAUCGAUAGUCAGAUUGACAUAAAGUUCUUAAGAAAUGAGGAGAAGGUCACCAUUUGUACACUUGAGCUUGAUUCUAAUAAGGUUCAGCAGUUUUCUGAUGCCAUUGACAGCUCAUACUGGUUUGAAUUUUUCAUGGAUGAUCUGCCUCUUUGGGGUUUUGUUGGGGAGACUGACAAAAACAAUGAAAACAAGCGUUAUAUCUACACACACAAGAGCAUUCUUGUCAAAUACAACGAUAACAGGAUAAUUCAUGUUAAUCUCACCCAAGAGUCUCCUAAGCUUCUUGAAGCUGGCAAGAAAUUGGACAUGACAUAUUCAGUGAAGUGGUUGGCAACAGAUGUGACCUUUGCACGUCGCUUUGAAGUAUAUCUGGACUAUCCUUUCUUUGAGCACCAGAUUCAUUGGUUCUCCAUUUUCAAUUCUUUCAUGAUGGUUAUUUUCCUCACUGGUUUGGUUUCAAUGAUAUUGAUGCGGACAUUGAGGAAUGACUAUGCAAAGUAUGCUCGUGAAGAUGAUGAUCUGGAGUCACUGGAGAGAGACGUUAAUGAGGAAUCUGGAUGGAAGCUUGUCCAUGGUGAUGUAUUUCGCCCUCCUCGAAGUUUGGCCUUUCUUUCUGCUGUUGUUGGUAUCGGCACUCAGCUGGCAGCUCUUAUCCUUCUUGUCAUUAUAAUGGCCAUUGUUGGCAUGCUAUAUGUUGGGCGAGGGUCUAUCAUCACAACCUUCAUUGUGUGCUAUGCUCUUACAUCUUUCAUUUCUGGCUAUGUCAGUGGUGGCCUCUAUUCAAGGAAUGGUGGUAAAAACUGGAUAAAGGCUAUGAUCCUUACAGCAUCCCUAUUUCCAUUCUUGUGCUUUGGAAUUGGCUUUGUUCUGAACACAAUUGCUAUCUUCUACCGAUCAUUAGCAGCAAUACCAUUCGGCACAAUGGUUGUCAUGUUUGUCCUUUGGGCCUUCAUUUCUUUUCCACUUGUGCUUCUGGGAACUGUUGUUGGUAGGAACUGGAGUGGUGCUCCUAACAAUCCCUGCCGAGUAAAGACUAUUCCACGGCCUAUUCCUGAGAAGAAGUGGUAUCUUACACCUUCUGUUAUCUCAUUAAUGGGUGGGCUGCUUCCCUUUGGCAGUAUCUUCAUUGAGAUGUACUUUGUCUUCACAUCAUUCUGGAACUACAAGGUCUAUUAUGUCUACGGCUUCAUGUUACUGGUCUUUGUCAUCCUUCUGAUAGUUACUAUCUGUGUCACUAUCGUGGGUACUUAUUUCUUGCUGAAUGCUGAGAAUUAUCACUGGCAAUGGACUUCAUUUCUCUCUGCUGCAUCAACUGCAUUAUAUGUGUAUUUGUAUUCCAUAUACUACUAUCAUGUAAAGACAAAGAUGUCAGGAUUUUUCCAGACAAGUUUCUACUUCGGCUAUACAUUGAUGUUCUGCCUUGGUCUAGGCAUACUCUGCGGUGCUAUUGGCUAUCUAGGGUCAACUCUUUUUGUGAGGAGAAUCUACAGAAACAUCAAAUGCGAUUAAAUUCUCAGCUUGGGAGACGUAGCAGAUCACAUGUUGUCACUGGCACUGUUUUAGAGAGCCCAAGAAGUGGAUUGAUGAUAGAUGUUGAUUAAGUUUUUCGAGCCACAGACAGAGGGAGGCCAUGACCCCUUAACUUUUACAUUAUACAUUCAUACGCCUGCUCUCUUUUUUGACUUGGGAAACUGCCUCCCUGAUUAUGCAUACCUGUGAUAGCUAAGGAAUCAAUCUAAGUGCAUGGUGCAUUUGUCUUAUUUAUUUUGUUUUUCUUUUUAAAUCAGAAAUAGGAUGUAACAUUGUAACCAGUGCGGCACUAGAGAUUUCGUAUGAAUUGGGCCGGGGGCUUGUGGCAUCCAAUUCAAAUUCGAAGGUUGUCAUUUUAACAGUUUGUCAGGUACCACGAGCAUACUAGUUAUAUGUAUUGCAACAUUGUUAAUUGUUCUAGCUAUUAAGCUUUAUACGUGA